CCCACGAAGGAAAUCCCCAAGCUUCCACGACACCCCCCUCCGAAAGAGUGGCGGUCAGAGAUGCUCCAAGUCGCCCUCCGCUGCCCUUUUCCCCAGUCUUCCCUCCACCAAGCUCGAUCGUCUUCUUCCUCAUAAUGCUCCGAUCGAGUUCUCCACCGAGCUUCUUCCAUGUACGCUUCGAGAAACCCCUCGCCUCUCCCUCUCGCUACCGCGUUCGUCCCGUGGCGGGCUCCUCGUCUUCUCCGCGCGCUUUGAGAACCCCGAGAGUAACUCCCACGCAGCAUCUGAGAUACGAUUCGGCUUCGGAACCGGCUGCAGGGUCUGUUGUGACGGAGGAGUCGAAGGUUACUUCCGAGAAGGAUGAUGAUACGCCACCCCGUAAGGAGCGGAAGGGGAUAUCCGGGAUUUACGUGCCCAGGCAGAAGUACAUCUCUGUUACCAAGGACGAUCUCCUUGAUGCCAUCCUCACCAUGUUCGGAUCGAAGCAGGACGCUGAGGAGUUUAAGCGCUUGGCCAUGUGCUUGGAUGCCAUCCUUCAUGCUGAACAUAAAGGUAUUUUGGAGGAGAUGAGGGCUUAUUACUCAAGCACAUGUUCAAAAGAACGGCAUGCUGGGCUUUCUUCAAUGAAACUGGAAGAAGAUGAUUACAACAGGCAGCAUAUUUCAAGUGAGAGUUCUGAUAGUACUGGAAAUGGGGAAGCAAACAGCUCCAGAAAUGAUGACAUUGAUAAACUGUUAUAUCUUAGUAAUGGUUGGGACCUAAGGAAACUAUUCGGACGGUCUCCUGUGGAUUCGAUUCUUGGGUCAAGAGUUGCUGCUGCAAAUAAAUUUCAGCACUCCUUUAUGAAGCUUCUACAAGAUGCUCAGUUUGAAGAAUUGUCAGUAGAGGAUUUACUAUUAACAAAUGCAUUAAAUAAUGACUAUCUCUUGACACUCCCAGUAUAUGUGGACUGGAAAAAAGCUUUUGAAUCAAAUGCAAUAAUAUUCAGGCGUGGAUAUGCAACUGAGAGGCAGAAGGGUUUCCUUAUUGUUGAAAAAUUAGAUUAUCUGCAGUCAAAGCUCUUGCAAGAGAUUUUCUUUAAUCUAUCAAAACCAGUGAAAAGAAUUGGAAGAUGGCUUAAUGAGGCUUUGAAGCGUUAUCAUGAAGUGCAAAAUAUCGAAAUUUGGAUGGAUAAACUGAAGAUUUGGCUUAGGGAGAAAUAUUCUCCUGAAACUGCACUGUCCUAUUGUGAAAGCACAUCAAGAAAUCAUCAAGACACUGACCGGAUAACAGAUAUUGAUCUUCCUGUUUGGCUUGCUGCACAAAAGGCUGUCUCUCGUUACGAAGGGCUUUUAUCACCUGUAGGACCUCGUGGAAGACUCAUAAGACGAAUGCUUGUUUGGUUUGGAAUAAUUCCUUCACUCCCAGAAGCAACAACUGACUUUGAUGAUAAAGUAAAUCCAGAGACCAAAUUGAGGACAAACUUUCUUCCAAGGAUAACUCUCAGCAACAUAUGGGAACCUGCUUCAAGGGAAUCAUGUAGCUAUAGUGUAUGGAAAAUGUUAAAAACUGCAGCUUACAUUCUAUGCUCACAGUCAACCCUUCAGGAGCCAGCUUUUCAAGAACUGGUCCUCCUUUAUAAUGAGAAAGAAGAUCAAAAUGAAAAUGACAUACCUGGCAUUGACCCUCUCCAGUUAAAGAUAUAUGAGAAAAUACCAAUUCCAGAUCUCCCGGUUAUUUUUCCCCACAAGAAAUUAUCUUUCCGUAUCCUAGAUACGGUGCGAUUGGAUGUUGCAAGCUUACUUGGAUUGUUGGCAUACUUUAUUAAUUACAAAUUUGAGAACAUUGCCUCUUCUCCGUCUGCUGUUCUUCUUGAUGUGAUCGCCAUCAGUGCACUUAUAAUUUAUCUGAGUCGAGUAGUGUUAGGUUACAAACAGACUUGGGACCGGUAUCAGCUGCUGGUUAAUAGAACCCUUUAUGAGAAAACUUUAGCAAGUGGAUUUGGUUCGGUUCACUUUCUUGUUGAUGCUUCUGAACAACAGCAAUAUUUCAUGCAGUUCAAGGAAGCAGUUCUGGUUUAUGCAAUUCUACUCCAUCCUGAAACAUAUCAGAUAUCAUGCCGCAAAAAUAUUAAAGAUUCAUGUGAGAAGUUCAUGUAUGACAGAUUUAAGGAAAAGAUCGAAAUGCCUGUUGACAAGGCGGUGGAUACACUGAUGAGGCUGGGCCUCAUGUCUGAGAUUUCUGUGCAAGGAAAUAUUGCACUGAAAGUUCUUCCUUUUUCAGAAGCCUUUGAGACCCUGAGGAAACGCUGGACUGAAUUGCUAGAAUCGAAGUCAUGAUCAUUCCUCUCACUUGUAUCCUAAUUUAUCUUAUCGAGUAUAAUAGAAUUACAGUUAUUAUUCCAACUACAUUAUUUCUUUGCAUCAUCCUCAUGAAGACACGCACACUUCGUUCCUUAAGACAGUGAAGCUUAAAGACAAUGUGUUAUA